GAGAAAAUGGAGGGAAAAAGGUGCAGAAGCGAGGGAAAACUCUCUUCCCCUUCCCCAAAUGCGCGCACAGAUGGAAACCUACGCCGACCUCGGCCCCGACGGCGGCAACCCUGCUCCGGCGAAGCCGGCCAUGGAGGAACCACGCGCCGCCACCGAGGUCGUUGCGGACCCCUACCUCGCCGGCACCGACGCGCUCCCCGCCCCCCACCCGGGUACUGCCGCCGGCGCGAGGAAGCGGAAGGCCCCGGCUAUGGCGAUGGGGAAGGCUGCCAGGAAGCCUCGCAAGCCGCAGGUUGAAGAACCGAUUCAGAUGCCUGUGUACUAUGGACUUAGAAAAGAGUUUCUCAGCGUGGAGGGCAAUGAUUUAGUUGAGGAUUGCUCAGACCUUUUUGCAGAGAACAAAUGUGCGCGUGUCAUCGGCGAGCUACAGCUGCAGCCACAGUCCAUGUCACUGGUGGAUCUGCAGCUCUGGGUCUUCAAGCUGUUCCGGCUCCAUCCAGAAACACAAGAUAUUGAUAUUAAGGGAUUCUUCAAACAACACAAAAGGGACCUCACUGACGACGAGUCCUCCGAACCAGACUGUUCUUUGGAGUACUACCCGUGGGACAUACAUUAUUUUAGGACUGACAAAUGCUGGAGUUCCUUUGCCAAUAAAUUGAAGAGAAAAAGGAAUGUGACACAGAGGUUCAUGUUGUAUGUGCAAUCUUCUGAGGUCAAGCACUACCACAUUUUGCUCAAAGCUGUAAAUGGCGAUUAUUCUCAACUGGCGACGGUUGUGUUGCCCGGGACGAAAAGCCUGACGGGUCGCUUCGGCUUUGGUGCCUUUGUGGAAGACCCAACAAUGACAGCUGAGGAAAUUGCAGAUUAUCUCACUCGUCACUAUGGCGAGCGGAUUAGUCCUGUUGAGGCGUGGAGAGCAAAACAGUUUGCUCUGGAGAGUAAAUUUGGAACCUUCUAUGAUUCACACAACUUUGCCCCGAGGUUACUUAAGGAAAUAGCACGUAAAAACCCUGGUACUUUUGUUGACAUCAAGGAUGCAGAGGUUGCAGGGUGUGAAGAUUUUCGAGUCCUGCAGCGUAUGUUUUGGGCAUUUGGACAGUGCUUACAGGCCUUCCAUACCUGUCGCCCUGUGCUAUGCAUCAAGGGCACACCACUAUGUGGGAAAUAUCAAGGGAUGCUGUUGACUGCUGUAGCAUUAGAUGCUAAUGAUUUCUCCAUUCCAGUAGCAUGUGCUGUUGUCGAGGAUGAGACCAAGGAAAGCUGGCUGUGGUUUCUUAGGAAUUUGGAGCGAGCAGUGGUGCAUCAGUCUGAUGUGUGCAUCAUACACGACUACAAAAAGGAGUUGAUUGAUGCUGUGGAGGACCUUCUGAAUUCCCGUGAACGACAGUGGCGUAAAGCAGAAAGCCGAUGGUGCAUGGAAGACCUUGCUGAAAACUUCUUUGCGUAUUUUGGCGAGAAGAAGCUGGUGAUGAUGUUCAAGAAACUUUGCCAGCAGAAGCGACGCCAUAAGUUCGGUAAAUCUGGAAGGAGCUAGAUGAGCUGACAUCCACAUAUAUGGCUGAGAAAGAACAUGAUGGUAGUGGGGAAAUGCAGCAGAAAUCAGUCGAGCAUGAUGUGGCAGAGCUUGAGGCGCGAAGCCUGUGCAAUCAACAUGGUUCAGUUGUGGAUGUGAAGGAAGGAGAUCAUGCCGAUGACAGCAACAGAAAGAUAACAAAGUUCUCUGACUGGAUCAGUCCGAAACCAAAGGAGAAGUGGUCACUGGCAUACGAUCGAGAUGGAGCAAGGUAUGGCAUCAUGGGCAGUGAUACAACUGAUGCAUAUAAGAACGACCCUGUAUUGAAAGGGAUAACAUGCCUUCCGCUCAGUGCGAUAGUGGAGGUGACAUUCCUGCGCUUGGUAGAGUACUUCCAAAACACAAGUGUCGCAGCAAACAAAGCGAUCGGCAACCCGAUAAUUAACUUCCCUGAACAUGUCCAGGUUGACCUGAAUUCCAAAAUGCAGAAAUCCGAGACGCAUAGACUUAUGUACACAUACGCCGAUGAAAAGAAUUAUCUUGGUAAGGUAGUGGAUCAAAAAUUUACAGUCAAGGGAAGGAAGAGGGAGGUGACUGUUCACCUGAAGACGGACUAUAUCGUUGGCAUUAAUAAGUCUAAAGGAUGCACAAUUCGGAAAACUGCCACCUGUUCAUGUGGCAAGCCACAGGUACUUCACAAGCCUUGCUCUCAUGUCAUUGCGGUCUGUUGUGAGAUUGGGGUUAGCACUGCUACAUACAUGUCCCCAUACUACAGCCUGCCCUAUCUAGGUAGGACCUGGAGGCAAAAAUUCAAUAAGUUCUCUCAUGACUACAGAGAUACCAUACCACACUGCUUCAGAGGUAUCAUACCAUUUGAAGGUGAAGCACAAACUUGGAUCCCAGACAAGAGAUUAGAGUGUGGCCUUCCUGUUUAUCUGUCGCCGGACUGCGCACAAACUGUCGUGCUCGAGGAAGAGCAUUGCAGAACUGAAGAUGGAGCAGUUGCAGGCAAUGAUGAAACCUAGACACACUCAGAAGAACUAGCCAGAUUUGAGAUUCUAAUCUCAUCUGUCAAACUCUCAAGUUCUUCAUAUUUUGGACGCUUAGUAUGCGUUUAGCCGCUGUAGUUAAGCUAUCCUAAGCAAACUCUGAACCUCUGUUAUCAUUCGCAGUGCUUUGGUGUUGCACUGGAAACCGAAGUUCUUAUUUCGUUGCUAAUAGUAGGUUGCAGUUUGGUA